AGCAUACAUUACGGUCACUCGUCACGGUGUCGAUCCUCGCGGUAUUUGCAGCAGCUGAGAUCCUGGGAGCAGAGCAGGAGACUUGACAUGUCAACAAAAGAGAGAUGAAUGGUCACAACACAGGCAUGUAAAAGUGUGCUGGUGUGGAAUAAUAGUCAGGUAACCCCACCUGGACCUCCUCCACCUCCUCCUCCUCAUCUUCAUCGUCCACCUCCGACAUCUUCGACCAGCUGUCUCCAUGACGACCCCUCCUCUAGUUCCACCGUUUUGCGGUCAGCCGCCCUCGCAGCAGCAGCAGCAGCAACAGCAGCAGCAGCAACAGGCUCAGGCGGCACGAGACGUCAACACGGCCUCGCUGUGUCGCAUCGGUCAGGAGACGGUCCAGGACAUCGUCCUCAGGACCAUGGAGAUCUUCCAGCUCCUCAGGAACAUGCAGCUGCCGAACGGAGUCACUUACCACCCCAACACCCACCAGGACAGGCUGGGGAAGCUCCAGGAGCACCUACGGAUGCUCUCCGUGCUCUUCCGAAAGCUGCGCCUCGUCUACGACAAAUGCAACGAGAACUGCGCCGGGCUGGACCCAAUACCGCCAGAGCAACUGAUCCCCUUCGUGGAGGAUGACGGCUGCAAACAUGAGGACCGCUCAGGGGGGCAGAGCCGCCCUGCCAGCGAGGAGAGGAGAGAAAUCCUGGAGGUCAACAAGAAGCUGAAGCAGAAGAACCAGCAGCUGAAGCAGAUCAUGGACCAGCUCCGCAACCUCAUCUGGGAGAUCAACUCCAUGCUAGCUGUCAGGAGCUGAGCCACGCACGCACAACACACAUUCGCAUAUAAAAAAAAUACCCGCAAGCACACAUUCACUACCGAAACAUAGGGCUUUUAACUGGCUGCGCAACAGGUUCCAAAUAGACUGGCCGAGGCUGCACUUUACAGAAGAAAUGGGGGGACUUCGGGGCAAUGGCAACUUGCCUCCAGAAGAAGACGUGGAAACAAUGGAAGGAAAACGGUGCGAAUGAAGACAAAACGAAGGCGAGGAGACACCCCACAGGAGACGACGGCAGAAACUCUUCUGUCUACCUCGAUAUUCUUCAUAUUUCAAUCAGCAUCAUAAUUAAUCUGAGAGAGUUGAUAUGUUAUGUUAUAUCUGUUUGUAGGUGCUAGCUCAAUAUAGAGUAGUCUAUUUAAUCAUCAUAAUCUGCUGCACAUGCAUUAAAUGCGUAUUUCAUAGUGUUAGAAGUUGCAAUUUUAAAAAGAGUUUUUAUAUGGACUGAAACGAGAAGGACACACACUGUGGCAAAGUCAUCAUGAGUGUUACUGUUUUACGUUGAUCUGCUUUUCAAAAAAAAAAAAAUUUCACAUAAACAUCUGUCAAGGAUUCUGCUGAACUAUAAACCUCGCUGUGGUUUUCAAAAGAAGUCUGUCCUGUUUUGUGUUCGCUUCAUCCGUGUUUAUGUUGUGUGUUUGCACCCGAGGAUCACUCAAUAGAAUCGACUCUGAUAAUUAACAUAGUACUAAAUUAAUAAGUGCUGUUUUAUGAGUUACUGCUGUGCUGUUAAGGCAGGAAUUGUUAUGCGAAGAAUUAUUUUACGAUAAUUAUGGUUUCAAAUAUUAAACAUAUAAAAGUCAGAAAAAGUUAUUUAUGUGUAGAGACAAACAUCUGAUUGUGUUACAUACUCCGAAGGUUCUUUAAUAAUAACUUUUAUUUUCUAAUAUUUACCAAUAAACCAAGGACCCUCAAACUGAGGAGAGAUUAA